CAGUCUUCAUGAGUGCCUCAUUUGAGAAAUAAUGAACUUCUGGAGUGAACUGAUAUUUGUAAUGUCCGUGGAAGGACAGGACAUUCCAGUUGAUGUCUUCUCUACUGCACCUAUUGAGAAACAGAAUCACGCUGCAAGAAUUAUACAGAGGUGCUGGAAGAGCUUUAUUGAUAUGCGUAUAUUUCAAUACUACAAAGAGCUAAUCAGCUUUAAAGGAACAGGGGAUCCUCAUCUUCUGAUGAAGUGCAUUGACCCUCGGGAGGCAGAGUUGCUAGAUGUUGCAGCGGGUGCUUUCAUCAAAUUCAGACUAGGUGGCGCUAAUUUUCCUCCAAAUAUUUACUAUAAAAUAUUCACUCAUAGACCUGUUGUGGACAUGUGUGCCAACAGCCCUAAAGACUAUACAAAACCAAACCCCAAGCAGCUGCUGCAAGAAAGGAUUCUUGGUAAGAUCUGGAAAGAUGAUGGCAGUGGCUGGUACAAACGUAUAGAGAACAACGGUUGGAGACUUCUUUCCAUGAGAUUUUGGAGGGCUAUAGAUCCUGUAACAGAUGAGGGAAACAAAAAGGCAGAGCAGUUUCAUUACUCUAAAAUGAAGAGGAAACAAGAAAUUGAGAAAAAGCGAAAAAAGAGAAAAAUUGAAUGGAUGAAAAAAAUGUAUUAUGCAGGAAGUUUGUGGGUCACAACAGAAGAUCCUACUACUGCGAUCUUAAUUCAAAGGGCUGCAGAGGGCUUAGUUGACACUGUUGAGAAAGAAGGAUCAAAAAAGGUAAUGGAUUGGGAAGUGGAUGAAAUACUGAGAUGGACAAAUGCACUCAACUAUGAGGAAUACAUAAGCCAAUGGAAUAAAACUGCAACAAGCAACUCUUCAGCUAACUGCCAAGGCUUCCAGUUUGUUACAUCACAACAUGAUAUAUAUGAAUUGUCCCAGAUUCCGCACCAUAACUUAAAAAGAAUAGCAAGUCUUAGUCCCUUACCUAUAAGAGAAGUGGAUUUCACAUCACGACCAACUGUAACACCAGUAAAUACACCUUUGCUUUGAGGAAGAAAUUUCUCCAAUGGAUACAAAUUCUAAAUGUCUGAAAUUUGUAUGGAGUGCUUCUGGAUAAAGUUUCCAAAGCCAUCAUUCUCUCUGCAGUAGCUACAGAGACCUGAGCAACACCUACAACUAAAUGCUUUGUCCUCCGAUUAAAAAUUUAUCUCUAUGGGAAGUCUGAAGAAUUUUCUGUCACAGAUGCAGGUAGUUUUGGGGAAGACUAUGUGGAAGUGAAGCUGUUUUUCCUAUGGAGUUCCAAAACCUUUUGUGAAAAAUCUGACAGAUCCUUA